AUGCAUGAUACUUUGCAGGGUGUAUCUUCUCAAGCGGCAGCAGCUGUAAGUCCAGCAGUUUUGCAAAUAUCUCGACCAUCAACACCAGAGUCCAAUGUCGCCAAGCGGUACUCCGUCCCAAGUUCGGCAAGCAGUCUGCAACAACAAGAAGUUGCCACGCUGAAAUCUAUGGCAGCUCAGGCAUCAUCACUGCAUAAUUCAUUAAAUAAUUCUUCUGCACUCAACUUGCCACCUGCACAUUCCACGCCUACACCAGUAGUAACAUCUCAAGUAAACACGGACACAAGCAACAGCUCUGCACACAGCAAUGCUACUGUCACCGCAGCAACAGCUAUCGUUAAUAAUGCUACUACUGUUUCCAUGCAGAACAGUACUGUUGCAAGUAGUGACAUUGAUCAGAAUGCUCUACGGCAAGUGUUGCGGAUGAGUAAUGCUCAAGAAUCUCGCAAUCAAUUACCGCAAGUGGCUAUGAUACCAGCGUGGCUUGGGGCAUCACCGUUGGGUCGUGCGCCACCAAUACCAGAGUAUGACUCGCAAUUGAAAUUAUUAGAGCAUGCAUUGUUAAGAAUGCCACUACCAAUGGAUUCUGAAAAACCUCGAAGUUAUUUGCCCAAAAUGCCAUGCAGUACUCCAUCAUAUUACCCUCAGUCGCCUCCAGCCAACGCUGAUUCUUUAGAGUACUACCUCCGUUUAAGUCCGGAAACACUCUUCUUCGCUUUCUAUUAUAUGGAGGGUUCUCGUGCGCAAAUAUUGGCAGCUAAAGCACUAAAAAAACUUUCGUGGCGGUUCCAUACAAAAUACUUGAUGUGGUUUCAGCGACAUGAAGAACCAAAGCAAAUAACUGAUGACUAUGAACAAGGUACAUAUGUGUAUUUCGAUUACGAAAAAUGGUCUCAACGUAAAAAAGAGCAAUUUACAUUUGAAUAUCGAUAUCUGGAAGAUAGGGAUUUUGAUUAA